UUCAUUCACACGUGAGCAGCAAACAGGAGUAGAUGGCUGCUCUGUCAAGUGGAACUCCUUCGUGUGGCUGAUUCUGUGCUUUAAACCCAAUCCAGCUCAUGACUAUUCAUGCUCGAGCCUGUGGACGUCAGGACGCAGCGCAUCGAGCUGUGAGGCUGCGUGCUGGAGAGACAGCAUGCCACACUGGCCGACUGCAUCUCUCCCACCGACACGAAACAUCGUUGCUUGGUAGGGCGACUCGGUUCUCGAUUCAGGCUCCGGUCGAAGGACAAGAACCACCAACAAAGGACUGCACUCGGCAAAGGACGAUAGGCCUAUGUGUAUUUUUUUUUUACAGUUUAUUUUGAAGCAUGUGUGCACGUAGCGGAGGUUAAACUGCUUGGUUUCAUAUUUUCACAACCGGACAGAUCUCGAAAUAGCAGGAGGAUGUUAUUGUUGUGUUUCCCCCGAAAGAUGGACGAGACAUAUUGGGGCUAACCGAGCGGCGACGUUCCACGGUACGGGCAGGGGGAAGAUGCUUCGGAACCGCCGUGGGCUGUUUGAGAUGAUAAACGCGUCCCGUGGAAUUAUAUCUCUGCUGUAAAGCGCAACUGCCGGCAACAAGAAGAGACAUCGCAGAGCACCGCACCUUCAAGUCCGUAUCGGCUGCUUUCGCGAGGUCCCACAUGAGCUGACCGUGGUACUGCACGGAUCACUCAGCUCGGAGCGACAACACGCGUUGACCUUCUUCGUCAUCAUCAUCAUCAUCAUCUUUUUUUUUUUCAAAGCGGAGUCACCCUCCAGUUAGACCCCCAUAGCUGGCCAAAGACGCACAUGAACAGUUCAGACUCGGCGGCCACCCGCAAGUCACUUUCAUGGCCGUGGCACGCAAAAUCAAAACUUUGCUGACCGUCAACAUUCUCGUGUUUGUGGGCAUCAUCCUGUUCUCGGUCUACUGCAGGAUCCAGGACCGUUCCGAGGAGUUCGUCCAGAUCGGACGUGCUUCUGACCAGAGGCUGCGCGCCCGACAUGGUAAAGUUAGCAACUUGGUGGACAGGCAGUCUAUUCUUCAGCGGCUGGAGAGGCUGGAGGAUGUCGUCUAUAAUCAACUCAACGGUUUAGCAAAACCCAUGGGGCUGGUGGAGGGUCCCGGUGGACUCGGUCAAGGGGGAGCUGCCGCCUCACUUGGGGAGGACAGCCGUGAUGCCGAGGGGAAGUACGAAGAGUAUGGCUACAAUGCUCAGCUCAGUGACAGGAUCUCCCUGGACAGGAGCAUCCCAGACUACAGGCCUAAAAAGUGCAAGCAGCUGACGUAUCCAGAGGACCUUCCUCAGAUCUCUGUGGUCUUUAUCUUUGUGAACGAGGCUCUGUCAGUGAUACUGCGCUCCGUCCACAGUGUGGUCAACCACACACCAGCUCAUCUGCUCAAAGAAAUUAUCCUAGUGGAUGACAACAGCGACAGCGUGGAGCUGAAAUUCAACUUGGAUCAGUAUGUGAACAAACGUUACCCUGGCCUGGUCAAGAUAGUGAGGAACAGCAAACGAGAGGGUCUGAUCCGAGCCAGAAUACAUGGUUGGAACGCGGCCACGGCUCCUGUUGUUGGCUUCUUUGAUGCCCACGUCGAGUUCAACAUUGGCUGGGCUGAACCGAUUCUAACCCGAAUGAAAGAGGAUCAUACCCGCAUCAUUUUGCCCGCUAUCGACAACAUCAAAUACAACACCUUUGAGGUACAGCAGUAUGCCAAUGCCGCCCACGGCUACAACUGGGGGCUGUGGUGUAUGUACAUCAUCCCUCCACAGGAGUGGCUGGACAAGGGCGAUGAGACGGCUCCUAUCAGAACCCCAGCGAUGAUUGGCUGCUCAUUUGUGGUAGAUCGUGAGUACUUUGGAGAAAUUGGCCUGCUGGAUCCUGGUAUGGAGGUCUAUGGAGGAGAGAAUAUCGAGCUUGGCAUGAGGGUGUGGCAGUGCGGUGGCAGUAUGGAAGUCCUACCGUGUGCGAGAGUGGCCCACAUCGAGCGCACCAAAAAGCCCUACAACAACGACAUUGAUUACUAUGCCAAGCGCAAUGCCCUGCGAGCAGCUGAGGUGUGGAUGGACGAAUACAAAUCUCACGUCUACAUGGCUUGGAACAUUCCCAUGAAUAACCCAGGGGUUGAUUUUGGUGACGUCUCUGAGCGCUUGGCGUUAAGGAAAAGACUGCAAUGUCGAAGUUUUCACUGGUACCUUGAACACGUCUACCCUGAGAUGCGAAUCUACAACAACACCAUCACAUAUGGAGAGGUGAGGAACAGCAAAGCAAGUGGCUACUGUCUGGACCAGGGCUCUGAGGAUGAUGACAAAGCAAUCCUCUAUCCGUGCCAUGGCAUGUCCUCACAGCUUGCGCGCUACUCUACUGAUGGAGUCCUACAGCUUGGACCCCUGGGAUCCACCACCUUCCUGCCUGACACCAAAUGCCUUGUUGAUGACGGCAGAGGACGCAUUGCCAGCUUGAAAAAAUGUGAAGCUGUUGCCAGGAUUUCCCAGCGGCUUUGGGAUUUCACACAGAACGGUCCAAUCAUCAGCAGGGACACGGGUCGUUGCUUAGAAGUGGAAAUGUCUAAAGAUGCUAACUUCGGCCUUCGCCUAGUGGUGCAGAGAUGCUCAGGUCAGAAGUGGAUCAUCCGAAACUGGAUUAAGCAUCCCAGACACUAAAGCCAUGGGAAAAACCCUGAGACUUUUUGGGGUCAUUUUUCAAGUCACAGUUGGGAAUUGGAAGAUGUGGUAUGACACCACUUCACUGUUGGGCUUCCCUCAUGUGACAGAGCUUUCCAACUCCUCGACUUCUCUGUGACUAGACUUGGAAAAAGUUCCCAUUUCUGACCUGUAUAAAGAGGUGUACAGUGACACACGGGCGCCACUUGUAAUUACUGUAUCUUAUUUAUAUUGUAAAGGUAUCCGGUUCAUCUUUGUAUAUGAAUGUGAGUGUGUGCAAGUGUGUACUGUUUUGAUGAGAGGAUCUGAGCAAAUCAAAUAUUAUCAGAGUCGUGUAUUGUAAUUUACCACAUUAAAUGAUUAUUUUGGGGUUCUGGAAAUUGCGUCUGACAUAUUGCGCAAUCCUGGUUACUCAAGUAUAUAAUAAGCUUUAAAGGAGGUUGUUAUUUUCUCCUCAGGGCUCACGGUGGUUUCAGAUGCAGUAACACAAACUACAACAGUACCUUGUUUUGUUUUAACAUUAAUGCUCAGUUGGAAUUGUGUGCCUUUUUUUUUUCAGUGUUUGCUUCAUCUGACCAGGGAAUGUGAGUCCCUAAAGCAUGUACAAACUAUUUGUAAGUUAAUAUCUAAAGCCAUGAAUAAAACAAGACAAAAUAUAGUAAUAAAGCCGACUGUAAGAAUGAAGGAUUUAAACUGAUAUAUUAAAAUCACUUUUAUGAUCA